AUGAUGCCAUUGCCCCUUCUGUGAAAUAAGUGGUGGCCUUUUGUCCCUGCCCCACUACACCACAGUGGAGUCUGGUCCAUUUGGGCAAAUGGGGCACUGCCCCACCAACCUCAAGUCUGCCCUCAGCCAGUCCCCAAGGGGCUGCCUUCUUACUUACAACUAGUCCAGGGAGUGGCUUUGGCUGUCAGGUUCCUUUUCUUUAGUCUGUGUAGUCCCUUGUAAAACACAGCAGGGAAGAUGGAGACAAAACUAGGAUGAGCUGGCUGUGCCUGCCAUUGGCUCUGACUCCCACCUCCUGUUGGUUUCCCUGCCUUCCGCCCUACCAGUCCCGAAGGACACCAGCUGCUGCCACCACUACUAGGACUGCAACUAUUGCAGCCCAAUACUAUGCAUGGUUUCUUGAUAAGUUCCACUGAGUUCAAUAGGGCUGUCACUCCAAGGCAGUGCUUUAAUUAUUUUUUGGUGGGGAAGGAGGUAGGCGGAUCCUUAAUUUACAAACCCUGUCCUCUGGCUCGCCCAAAUUUUAGCAAAAUCAUCUACCCCUUAGCUUUCUGAAGAGGGUAUCUAAGGGAGCAGUUGCAAAAAGGGGCUGCCUUCCACUUGUAAUUUUAGUGUUGUUCUUGCUGCUGAUCAGGAAUGGGACUGUAGCGCAGCUAUAUAGCACUGUGUGGUGCAGUGCUUAGAAUGUCAGACUGAGACCUGGGGGACCAGGGCAAAUCCCUACUCAGCUAUGAUGCUCAGAGAGUGACUUUGGGCCAGUCAUUCUCUCUCAGUCUAAUCUGCCUCACAGGGUUGUUGUGAGGAUAACCUGGGGAGGGAGAGAACCAUGUAUGCCAUCUUGAGGUCUUUAGAGGAAAGGUGGGAUUAUAUAUAUAACCAUACAUACACACUGCACAUGGUUUGAAUACAAAAAUGUCCCAGAUUCAAUCCUUGUUUUUCCAGGUUGUUUUUUUAAAGGGUCACGUAGGAGGUGAUGUCAUAGAAUCAUUGCAUGGUAGAGUUAGAAGGGGCCUAUAAGGCCAUCAGGUCCAACCGCCUGCUCAAAGUAUUCCCGAUAGAUGGCUGUCCAGUGAACCAUGUGUUGUCCAUGUGAACAACCUUUCUUUGCUUGAGACCCUGGAGACCUGCUGCUGCCAGUCAGUGCAGUCAAUACUGGGCUAGGUGGGCUAAUACAGUAGGGCCCCGCUUUGUGGCGCUCUGCUUUGCAGCAUUCCACCAAUACAGCAAUUGUCAAUUGCAGAAAGGCCCCGCUCCUACAGCACUUGUUCUGGUUUUACAGCGUUUUUCAGGCAAUGUUAGUCAAUGUGUUCCGCUUUACAGUGGAUUUCGCUUUACGGCAGUCCGGAACGGAACCCGCCGUAUGAGCGGGGCCCUACUGUAGUCGAACCUGGUAUAAAGCAGCUCCUGAUAUUCCCAACGGCCAUCAUAGCCUUGCUUUGGCAGAAGUCUCUCUGAUUCACUGAACCAAAUAAUUCAAAGUAAGUGACCAUAUCCAUACCAUACAUUUAAAGUAGUAUCAUACCACUUUAAACAGUCAUGGCUUCCCCCAAAUAAUCCUGAAAAUUAUAGCUUGUUAAGGGUGCUCAGAGUUGGUUAAGGGACCCCUGUUCCCCACACAGAACUACAAUUCCCAGAGCUCCCUGGGAAGAGGGACUGGUUGUUAAACCACUUACAGUGCUGUGAGAGGAAUGGGGGUUUCCUAACAACUCUCUGCUCACUUAACAAACUAUAGUUGCCAGGAUUCCUUUGGGGGACUAUGGCUGUUAAAGUGGUAUAAUAGUGCUUUAAAUGUAUGGUGCUGAUGUGCAAUCUGUAGGAUUGCAGCUCUAACAUAAAACAGGGAUUGUCCCUUGCUGGCUUGUUCAGCACCUGGGCCAGUCUAUGCAAUAAAGGCAUGUUACCCAGACCAAGCUGGAUGUUCCUUCCCAUCCCAUCCAACAGAGCAGUGCUGCUGGAGAAGGUGGAGUCUCUGGGGUUAGCUCCCAAUCUCCUAUGUUGAGCGUUGUCCCAACCAAAUUCCAUUACUAAAAUCAAGGCUAUCACAGUGGUUCUACUGUCUGUUAGGAGCAGGGAAUCACAACCCAAGUAAAGAACUAAUUCCCUUCCAGCCCUUCCAAAAACUGGCAAACAUAGUCUAAAAACCAAUUCAUAUUUACUUGGCAGUAAGCCUCACUGAUUUCAAUGGGACAUAUUUUCACUUACCCAGAAGACUGAGCCAGAAAGCAGCAAGUCCUCAGUUUCAAUCACAAACUCACUAGAUUGCCUUAGGCAAGCCACUUUUUAUUAGCCUCAGCACCCCAUCUGUGAUAUGGGAGUCACAACAUCAACCCACCUUACAGGGUUGUUGCAAGAACUACAAUAGCAUAAUGUGUGUGAAGCAAUUUAAAUAGUUUCACAUGCAUUAUAAAUACUAAGUAUUGUUAAUUAUAACAAUACUUAACAUUUAUAAUUAUGAUCAUGCAUGUCUACUCGCAAACAAGUUCUACUGAGUUUAAUAGGACUUACACCCAGGUAAGUGUAAAUAGGAUUGCAGCCUUAGCAAGUCCUGAUCCAGAGCCUCAUGUAUAAACAAAGAGUUCCUGCAAAUGUGACUUGCCUCCUCAAUUUCAACAGGAGGAGGACUUCCUGAUGGAUUUGUUGUUGUGAAUGGAAAACGGAAAAUCAGUUUGCAUGUGAGAGCAUGCACCACCUGUUGGACAAGGUAAUAUGAAAAUGCUCAAUGUCAUCAUCAGAGGCAGGAUCAGACUGCUGAGGGAGCAUAGGAUCUGGACAAAGAUUUCCAGAGAAGAGUGAAGAAUGCUGGACCGGGCUAUUCUCCUUCUCUUCCUCCAUUUUGUCAUGUGUUCCCUCUCUUCUCCUCUCUACCCAGCACUCAGGUAUGGUCCACUACCCAUUUCUGGCAAGGCAGUGAGCUUUCAGCUGCAAGAAAGUGGUCCAGUGCAGAGCCACAAUCUAUCAGUGGAAGAACAGGAGGAGGAGAACUUCCUCACUGACCCUGCUGAGAAAAGGAUGCAGCGUCAUGCAGAUGCCAUAUUCACCGAUAGUUACCGGAAAGUCCGGGGCAAGAUGUCAGCUCAGAAGUUAUUGCAGGGCAUUGUUGGGAAAAGGCUUGGGGAAGACAGCCUGGGAGAUGAGGAACAUGAAUUCUUGACCCGGCGACAGUCUGACAGCAUCCUGAUGGACAGUCGUUACCAUCAGCAGAUGGUACUGAGGAAUUUCUUGGGAGCCAUGUUGCAGAAUCAAAGGUCUCAAGAUAUCAACAGUGACCAUUUAGAGGAUUUUGUCAAUGUCCUAACCAAGCUCAUGGAACUGUAAAUAAGCUUUGCCCCAUUUCACUCUGGU